CCCUUUUUAUUGGAAAUUGCUUAUCGUGAUUCGUAAUGGACGUGAUAAGAUUAUUGAUCAAUUGAUGGUAAUUAUUUGUUUGCUAUUGUGAUUAGUGCGAAAUCAAGUUUAUGUAAAAUGGGUUUGUGCGAAGCGAAAUAUUCAGGUUUAACUGAAGAAGUUUUGGAGGAGUACGUCGCCCUAACGUACCUUAAUAAGGGUGAAAUUCUGUAUUUGAUGAAAAAAUUCUACUCUAUCGCCCCAGAGAAAAUAGAAGCAGAUUACUUUCAUAGAGUAAACAAAGAAGAUGUUAUUAAAAAGUUUCAUGUAUUAAAAAACAAUCCAUUUCAAGAUCGCCUUUUCCGGGUGUUUUCUUCGCAAAAAGAUGACUGUUUCUCUUUUGAAGAUUUACUUGACUUGUGUUCUGCUAUGAGUCCUGAAUGUCCAAUAGAAGUUAAAGCUGCUUGGGCUUUUAAAGUAUAUGACAUAGAUGAAGACAACCAUAUAUCGUCACAAGACAUUUGCAACAUCGUGGACCGUCUGACAUGGGACCCUUCUAGUCGGACAAACUAUAUUGACAAGGAAUCUAAAUUAAAAAUUGCAAAAGUGAUUUUAGAAGAAAUGAACCUAGACAGAAGCGGUAGCGUCGGUCUGAACGAGUUCAAAUUAAUUUUGUUACGACUACCUGAAUUUACAUCAUCGUUUUAUUUUAGACUUUGAAUUAUUCGAAUACCUAUAUAAUGAUAAUUAGAUUAGCAACAUAGGUUUGGAUUAUUUUAAAACUAUUGCUAUAACCUAAAAUUGAGCAAUUAAUGCGGGAAUUAUUUUCCUUGUUGAGUGAAACUCGUACCUACCCUACUGAAAAUUACAAAUAAAUAAAUCUAUCUGGAUCCAUAUAAAAACAGAUAAAAAUUGUAUGAAAAUUUUGGAAUUCCUACUUCAAACACGCAAUAGCUUAUAAUAACUUUCCAUACAAAUCAUCGUUUUUUAUUCGUAAUUUUCAGUAGGGUAUAUACCUAUAUAUUCGGUAGGCGCGGUCGGCGACGCAGGGCCUACCUGGCCAAUCUGCCGCCGUAACGUCGGACCAGUGGUCUAUAUAUAUAAUGUACGUUUAACAAUAAUUUUUAGUAUUUUUCUAUAACUAAUACAGUAUUUAUUUUAUCGUGA